GCCAAAUAAUAAUAUUAAAUUAGUCAAUAAGUACUGUUACAAUGAUAUUUACUAUUAUUAUUAGAUAGUAACUUUGGACUGUAGUGUUUCUGUAGCGCUGUUCAAACAUUUUUAAAUAAUUAUUUUCAAUGUUAACUUAUUUAUUAUCUGAGUAUUAAUUAAGUUUAAUUCAUUAAGGCGAUGCCUGACUGAUUAUAAUGUUGCAUAAAAUCUCAUCUAAAAUGAUAUUCCUACCACCACUAUCAUAUUAACUAUUAGUUAUUACUCAAAAGUUAAAAUCAUCUUUUAAUUUUACAGAUACUGUAAUGGGUACUUAAUGAUUGAAAUUAUACUUGAUAUUUUUUUACAGUAAGUCAGCAAAAUAGUUAAUUGUUGAUUAUUAUUCUUUUGUGAGUAUGGAUUCGUAUAACAUUGUUGGUGUACUUGGACGCGGAGCUUUCGGAGUUGUUGAGUUGGUUAGAGAUUUUAAUUUAAAAAAAUUAGCUGUGAUGAAAACCAUACAUAUAGAAUCUAUGUCAACAGAAAAUGUUAAGGAAGCUAUCAAAGAAAUUCAAAUUCUCCAAAUGUUAAAUCAUCCAAACAUCAUCAGAUAUUAUAAUAGUUUCCAAAAUAAACAAAGUUUUCAUAUUAUUAUGGAAUAUGCAAUACAUGGAACACUAGAAAACUUUGUUAAUAAAUAUUCUCAAAAUUCAAAUUACAUUGCCCAAAAUUGCGUAUUAAAUAUAUUUAGUCAACUAACAAUGGCUGUGGAUUACAUCCACAAAAUGAAGAUUAUGCAUAGUGAUAUUAAUCCAAUGAAUAUAUUAUUAACUGGUAAUCAAGGUACAAUAGUAAAACUUGGUGAUUUUGGUUCUUCUCGCAUAUUAACCAGUGACAAAAUUAAUGGUGAAAAUUGGUGUACACCAUGUUAUAUGUCUCCUGAACAAUGUUGUGGGAAACCUCUAAGAUUAAAAAGUGAUAUAUGGCAAAUUGGUUGUGUGUUAUACUAUUUGAUAACUUCAAAACAUCCUUUUUAUGCUGAGAGUUUAGCAGAUACUAUAUCAAGCAUUGUAGAAGGAGUUUUAAGUCUUACAGAAAAAAUUGCUUUUUAUGACAGCGAUGUGAUAAGGCUUUUACAUGAGUUAUUAAAUCGUGAUCCAACAGUUCGACCUAAUGCAUCUGCUAUACUUUCAAAUCCAUAUAUUCUUCCCUAUGUAUUAAACAGCAAUUGUCAUUGGUUUAAAUCUGGUAGGAAAGUUUCAAACAAAAAUUAUUAAAUGUAUUCACCGACACAAUUUUUUGUUAUUUAAAUAUAUAAAUAACUAAUAAGUAAGAAGUAAAUUUUAUUAUUAUUAUUAUUCUGUUAAAACAAAACACAUUGAUUUUUUUCUUUUUUUACGACGUGGUUGAAAA